UUGUAUUGUUUCGGUUUGUUGGCCAGACGUAGAUAUCGAUAGAUAUAUACUAAAUACGUCUGCCCUCUUUGUAUCCACGCUUGUUCCGGUUUUAUCUGUCGUGGUCCGGUUCUGGUCGUCUUAAGCUGACGACAUCGGAUGGUUAUUUGUUCUGUCUUAGCAAUUUUUUCAUUAUUUUCGAAAGCUAUGGCAGAAGCAAGGGAAAGAACUUUUAUCAUGGUUAAACCCGAUGGUGUCCAAAGAGGAUUAGUUGGCAAAAUAAUUAAACGAUUUGAAGCAAAAGGAUUUAAGCUUGUUGCCCUAAAAUUCACAUGGCCGUCAGAGGACCUAUUGAAGAAGCAUUAUGCUGACCUAGCCGGCAGACCUUUCUUUCCUGGCCUAGUGAAAUAUAUGUCAUCUGGACCUGUAGUACCGAUGGUUUGGGAAGGCCUGAAUGUUGUGAAAACAGGCAGAUUCAUGUUGGGAGCUACCGAUCCCAAGGAUUCUAACCCAGGAACCAUCAGAGGAGAUCUUUGCAUCCAAGUUGGCAGAAAUAUCAUCCAUGGUUCAGACUCUGUGGAAUCUGCGAACAAGGAGAUAAAUCUGUGGUUUGAGCCCAAAGAACUGAUUGCCUGGAGACCAGCCUGUGAAGCUUGGAUAUAUGAAGACUAGGCUGAUGUAAUGAUGACAUUGUCAUGUUCGCGUUGCCUUACUGUGCAGACAUCCAUUCCACCAUUUUUAAUUAAUUGUAUAACAUCCGUAUAUGAUGAGUUUUAUUCAUUAAUGUCUUAGGGAUUUGAGAUAUUCAUUUAUGAAAUGCUGUGUGAAUAACUAUGUUGUAUCUUACAAAUUUGAGUACUCCCAUCACUUCCCAACUGUCAGCAUCAUUGGCCUAUUUUUGGCUGAGCUGUACCAAUUAAUUCUAAUGUUGGUUUCAGAUUACUUGGCUGAGCACUAUGCCACAGAAAUUAUUCAUCCUUAUAAGAGCAUGCUUUCAUUUUUGGCUUUAUCUCUGAAUGAAUAUUACUGCAGCAAUGUUAAAGAGCUUGUUAACUCUGUGAAACUUGAAUUUCACCAAACUAGUGUAUAAAAAUUUAGUUCCCACCUCACAAGAAAAACAGUGCAUCUCCAUUUAAAAAGAUUUGGUUAAGGCUAUGGAAGGAAAUGAUUGCUGUCGUUCCAAGAAUCAAACAUAUUUCACUCUGUGGGCAGAAUACAGAGGGGUUUUUUUAUUAUUGUUUGUAUAUUAAAGCAGGUGGUAUAUUGUCACUGUGAAUUAAAGGAUUAAUUGGUUAUCAUUCUGGGUGAAACAUAUAUUGUUUUUGUAUCAUGAAGUAUGAUUUGGGUAAAAAUUGUCAGACAAAAUUUCAGUAAGUAUCCUGCUGAGGUGAGUUGCUUUUAUUCAUAAGAACCAAUUGUGCAAGACUUCAGUCUGGGUUAACUGGUAGCGCUCAACCAAAGUUAAGCUGUGACCCCAUAAGAAGAGACACUGUAUUUACAGAGCCACGAUGAAAUUACUGAAUUAAAAUUGUGUAGGCUGUUACAUGACAUGUAAUUGUUAAACAGAAAUAAAUUGAAUGAGUUGACAAA